AUGUCUGCCCGCACUGCACUACUGCUGCUGCAUCUCGUCGUCGGCGCGGGCGGCCUGGCACGAAGCGGUCGACCGCCGCCGCCGAGCCAACAAAAGAGACCGUGGAAGCCGCAACUCCUGGACGCGGAGCCCGCGCCCGCGCCGCCGCGCGUGCUGCAUCGCGACGCCGACGUCGUCGUCGUCGACAAGCCGCCGGGCUGGAGCGUCGACGCGGCCGCGGCUUUCGUCGCCGACCUGCUUGGAGCGGAGCCACGGGUCCGGCAGCGGCUCGACGCCGACUGCUCGGGCGUGCUCUGCCUCGGCGCGAGCGCUGCGGGCGACGCCGCGCUGCGCGACGCGGCGCCGUCGUACCUCGCGCUGGUCGACGACGAGCCGGCGCGCGCCGCGGCCGCACGGGGCGCGUGUGCCAUUAUUGAAAGCGGUCCCGCGGGCGCGGUCGUCCGUGUCGCGGGCCGCGACGUCCGUAAGUCGCUCGCGGCGGCCGGCGCGCCGGCGCGCGGCGACGCGCGGCACGGCUGCGGCGUCGACCGCGCCGCGCCGCGCGCCCUGGUCCACUGCGAGCGCGUCGCGCUGCGCGGCGGGCGCUGCUUCGAGGCGCCGCGUCCGCCGGACCUCGAGUUGCGGUGGACGGAGCGACGGGCCGCGCUGCGCGCCGACGCGGCGACGACGUGCUACCGCGAGCUCCACGGCGCCGCGGACGGCGCGCCGGCGAACCUGUGCGUGGACCGCUACGGCGAGCACCUGCUCGUGCAGCGGCCCGAGGACGUCCCGGCGCGCGAGCGCGACGCGGCGCUCGCGGCGAUCGACGCCGCGCACGCGCCGACGGCGUCGUCGUCGGUCUACGAGAUCGUGACGCGCGUCGACCGGUCGCGGGGCGGCCAACCCCUGCCGAAACUGAUCCGCGGGCCCGGCGUCGCCGGCCCGUUCGAGGUCCUCGAGCACGGGACGGCGUUCCGCGUCGAGCUGGGGGAGAAGAAGCUGUCGACAGGCCUCUUCCUCGACCAGCGCCCCCAGCGCCUGUGGCUGCGACGGCACGCGGCCAACCUGACGGUGCUGAACCUCUUCGCGCACGCGGGCGCGUACAGCGCGGCGGCCGCGGCGGGCGGCGCGGCGCGCACGCUCUCGGUCGACUGCGACCGUAAUUGGCUCGCCUACCUCGCGCCGUCGCUGGAAGCGAACGGCGUCGCGAACGGCCCGCGCGAGCCCGUCGGCGAGGUCCACGACUGCAUUUACGGCGACUGCUUCGACUGGCUCAAACGCCUCGCGAAGCGCGGCGAGACCUUUGACGUCGUCAUUUUGGACCCGCCCUCGACCUCGACGGUCAACAAGAAGCGCUGGAGCGCGGCGCGCGACUACGGCGCGCUUGCGACCCUCGCGGCGCCGCUCGUCGCUCCGAACGGCCGGCUCUUCUGCACGACAAACAGCCGCAAGCUCCUGCCGCGCAAGUUCGCGCGGACCUGCGGCCUCGCGCUCAAGGACUUUGCGGCGACGGCGCCGGCGAUCAAGGACGUCGUCCUCGAGCGCGCCGCGCCGCCCGCGGUCGACUACCCGACGCGCUCGGGCGCGCCGCCCGAGGUGAAGAACCUGGUUUUUCGCUUCGUUCCUAGCUAA